CCCAGGAGUUUCCUCACCACUUCAGUAUGUCAUUAGUUUUGUGUUCUUCACUUCUCCAAACAGAGGUGUUUAAACGUUCAUCAUGACUUUAGCACUAGCCCUUUUGUUCGGCCUGUUUUUAGGAACACACUCUUUCAACACACCGGAUCCAAUUGGACCUCAGCCCAACUUUGAUCUAGAGAAAUUCGCAGGUGAAUGGUAUCGGCUUGGGCUUGCAGAUGCAUCGCAGUUUUUCUCAAUGUUCAAAAGCCAUCUGAGGGUUUCUAAAGGUCUUCUGGUCCCGGAUCCAAGUGGAAAUGUCAAUCUGACUAUGUGGACUAUGAGGCCGUAUGGAUGCUCCAUCAGUGUUUAUUCAUAUGAGAAGACAGAUGUUCCUGGAGAAUUCACUUACUUCAGCAAAAGAAACCAGAUCACAAAAGAUGUCACAAUUGUGGAGACAAAUUACACUGACUAUAGUUUGGUCCUGAAAUACAAGACCAUGAACAAGGAAUACACUCAAGUAGCUCUUUAUGGACGCUCCUCCAUACUAAGGCCAGAUUUAAUCGACAAAUUCAGGUCUUUUGCUUUAUCUCUGGGCUUCUCCGAGGAGGCUGUUAUCACCCCAACAGAUAUUGAUCCCUGCCCUAAUCUAGAACCAAGACUUAAAACCAGAGCACCCGAAGGAAACUCACGCGAACGCAGGGACAACAUGCAAACUCCACACAGAAAUGCCAACUGACCCAGCCGAGGCUCGAACCAGCGACCUUCUUUCUGUGAGGCAACAGCGCUACCUACUGCACCACAGUGUCGCCCUCAAAACAGUCAUCAUACAGAGUAUUAUUCAUAUUAUUUAUUAAAUUACGCAUUAAUCAUAUUUUAUUAACAUCUACCCACACCUUAACCCCAAACCUACCCCUUACAGUAAUGUACAAUUAUUAAUUAUUGUUGUACAUUUUCACAAAAAUGAUGCUAUAUUGAUGUAAGUAUCUGCAGCUGUAUCCCUUUUAACAGAAAAUGUACUGGCAGUUUAUUACAAGGUUUUUGUACCGUAAUAUAUAUCACUUUAAACUUUUAAAAUGUUCAUAAUAGUCACUUUUUCAAACUUUAGAAGGCUAAAAGUUGUUGGAGGAAAAAUCAAGGUCUCAUAAUGCGAUUUAUAAAUAGGGCAAAAUACAAACAUGAAUCGCAAAAUGUGGAAAACAGCUAAUUUACUGAUAUUUUACAGUGCAUGAUGCUGUAGCAUUCAUUAGCAAAGAGUUGUACUUAAUAUAAAAUAUAAUAUAAUACACUUUAAAAUUGCAUGGUUCAAAAAACUUUAUAGUAAUUACUACAGUAUUCUUUCAUCUACUAAAAUACCUGUUUGACACUAUUGCUGUAAAAACCCAUAAGAAGCUUAAAUGGUUUAUGGAAUCUUAAGUAUCCACUGUUCACUC